GUGCGGGAGCCGCCGGAAGCGGCCGGACGCGCAGGGCGACAGACGGAGCUGACAGACUUUGACAGGAGUCAGAGCUGCGGCAAAGACUUGGUGGCCAUGGAGCUGGGCGAGCUGCUCUACAACAAGUCCGAGUACAUCGAAACGGCAUCUGGGAACAAAGUCAGUCGCCAGUCGGUGUUGUGUGGAAGUCAGAACAUCGUUCUCAAUGGCAAGACCAUCGUGAUGAAUGACUGUAUUAUCCGAGGGGAUCUGGCAAAUGUAAGAGUUGGACGUCAUUGUGUUGUGAAAAGUCGGAGUGUCAUAAGGCCACCGUUCAAGAAAUUCAGCAAAGGCGUGGCAUUUUUCCCUUUACACAUCGGGGACCAUGUCUUCAUUGAGGAAGAUUGUGUGGUCAACGCAGCUCAGAUCGGCUCUUACGUUCACGUCGGCAAGAACUGUGUGAUAGGGCGCCGGUGCGUGUUGAAAGACUGCUGCAAAAUUCUUGACAACACAGUAUUACCUCCGGAGACUGUGGUGCCACCAUUCACCGUCUUCUCUGGCUGCCCAGGACUCUUCUCAGGGGAGCUCCCAGAAUGCACCCAGGAGCUGAUGAUCGACGUCACCAAAAGCUACUACCAGAAGUUCUUGCCCUUGACACAGGUCUGAGGUCCCUACCUCAUUCUUGAAUUCGCUUGAGCUCUCAGAUGAGCUGGGGGACAGAGUGAGCCAAUCAGCAUCUGCGAAGAGCCCUUGUGUCCUUGACACCUUCCUUCCUUUUGGUUGUUGAGGUUUUUAAUUCUUUAGAAUUUCACCAUCCGCCCUGGCUCGAAGCUCUUAAGACUUGAAUAAUAGAACAUCUAAGGAGUUGUCUCCAAAUGCUGCGCUUCAAGUGUAUCUAUUAACAGCCACUCAUGCCAUUAUCUGUGGGACCGACUCCCCGCACUCCCACCCGGGGCGCUGGGUGGGCACCGGGACACACUGAGAGCACUCUGUCCCAGUGGGCAGGGUGUGCAGCCGGGGUGCUGCUGUGGUCCUAAGCUCCCCACCCCCGUGGGUCAGCACCACCCCAGUGGGUCACUCCCAGCUCCUGCUGCCAGUAGCCACAACUGCUCAUAAUCUUGAAAACGAGAGCACGUGUGGCUUUUCAGAGCCCAGAUUCCUGUUGGCACGGAAACUUGAAGGAAGGGUGGCUAGCAUUUCUCUUAUUUCCCAGUGACCUUCCCUGUCUUCUAACCGAGAGUGACUUUCUAGCAUUCUGUUCUAGGGCCUUUGGGCUUUCACUAAAAGGGUGGCCGUCAGCACCCAGAUUUUAUUUUUGCGAAGUCCAGGUUCAAUGGACAGGUCUGGCAAGCCGCCCCUUGCCUCAGGGCGUUUGGGGGCAGCAGUAAAGAUGCGGUGUCGGUGGUCCUUGUCCCCUGGCCUCGAGCCUAAUCAUGUGUACACACAGGGGCCUCUGACAGCCGUGCUGUGGGCACAGAGCCCCGAGCAGGUGCCGUGGGUAUCACCUGCUGAUAGCACAGCCCUGCCGGUUCUGUUCUGACCUCUUGGGUUAGAAGGAAGAUGUGGAAGUGAAGGCCCAAGAAGGUUGGCCUGGCUCAGUGCUCUGAUUCUCCUGCCAGGAGGGGGACAGCUCAGCCUGGAAGGUCAGGGUCUUGGCUCAAUACCCAGGUGUGGGGCUUGCAGAACCGGUUAAUGUCAUUAUCUUCACUUGUUCGAUGUAAAACUGCUUCCUUGUUUGUCAUUUUUUUAUGUUUGUACAUUAAAAGAUUGACAUGCAAACCAA